UCUUCCCCUUCCUUCCUCUGGGGAAACGCGCGUGUAAGUGGGUGUGUCGCGUGACUUUAAACUUUACGAUGAGUUAAAGUUUGAUCAUGGCUGUGUGGACCCGCGCGGACAAACAGGGUCAUCUGGACCUGCUGCUAAGCGACCGCUGGGUUCGAGUCUCCGCCGAACUCACCCGGGACACUCUCAAGCUCACGGCGGAGAGCGAACCGAGUGGGCCCGCGGGCUAUCCCGAGCACAACUUUCACUUAAAAAACGGCGUUUCCAAUGGCAACGAACAGAACCGAGAGAUUUAUCCGAGCCGUGGACAGUACGACAGCCAGGGCCGGGUCAACGGGACAGACUCGGAAUCCAGCUUCCCGGGUUAUUGUGACUCGGAGGGGGUUCGGAUUGUUCGGAUAGUCAAACAGGAGUCGGGUGGACUGGGAAUCAGCAUCAAAGGUGGACGGGAGAACCGUAUGCCCAUCCUCAUUUCGAAGAUCUUUCCCGGUUUAGCGGCGGAUCAGAGUCGAGCAUUGCGCGUCGGUGACGCCAUCCUAUCCGUCAACGGUAGCGACCUCCGCGAAGCCACGCACGAUGCGGCGGUGCAGGCGCUAAAGAAAGCCGGAAAAGAGGUGACGCUGGACGUGAAGUACAUCAGAGAGGUUUCUCCUCUCUUUAAGAAGUCCUCCGUGAGCACAGAGCCGCCCUGGGAGGGCCAUCUUCCGUCUCCAAAACACAGCAGCAGCGAUGAGUCGCCCAAGAGUGGCGUGACCCGUGACAGGAAGAUCAUUCCUCUCAAAAUGAGCUACAUCAGCCGAAACCUUACAAUGCCUGACCUGGAAAACAGGUUGUUGGAGCUUCACUCUCCAGACGGUCAGCACACCGUGGUGUUGAGGUGUAAAGACGGGGCCAGUGCUCACUCCUGGUUCACAGCCAUUCACACAAACAUCGCCGCGCUGCUGCCACAAACGCUCAUUCACAUUAACUCCUUUCUGAGUAACUCUAACACAAACUGCACGCUCAAACACAUCGGCUGGCUGGCGGAGCAGCUUGAUGACAGCAGCCGGCAUCAGUAUAGACGAGUGGUGAUGGCACUAACAGAGAAAGAUAUUCUGCUCUUCCAUUCAGUGCCGUGGACGUAUGAGCACUGGGCCACCCCUCUCCUCACACACCCACUUCUUGCUACACGACUGGUUCACUCCGGCAGCGUUCGCAGCUCUCCGGCUCUGGGUGGAGAUUUGUUUUUUGCCACACGCACAGGCACAGGUCGAGGGAUUGAGUCGCACGUGUUUCGUGUGGAAACACACUGGGAUUUGUCGACGUGGACGCGUGCGCUGGUGCAGGGUGGACAUUCAGCUUCUGAGCUUAUUAAAGAGGUCUCUAUAGGCUGUGUGUUAAACAGACAGAACGUGUGUCUGAUCCUGCAUUAUGACCGAGGUUUCACUGUCACGCGUGAGUCUGGCGAAUCAGUGUUGUUUCACUUUCCCUAUGAGAGACUAAAGAUGUCUGCAGAUGAUGGAGUCAGAAAUCUCUACCUGGACUUCGGUACUCCAGAGGGGGAGAUGGUUUUUGAGCUUCACUCGGGGCCAAAGCCAGUGGUCUUCGUGCUUCAUUCGUUUCUUUCGGCCAAACUGGCCCGUUUGGGUCUACUCACGUAAAGAUCAACAGGAAAUGUUAUCGGCUUGAAGAGCCAUUCACAAAUUUCCUCAAGCAGUGUUUUAUAGUUCUGCUUCUCUGUCAGCUGAAUAGCUAAACACAAUUAUUGAGAGGUAUGUAAGCAUAUCCAAUCAUCCUCAGAUCAGGAUCACCAUGUUGUGCCUUCUCAUCUAUAGUAAACAAACUUUUGCUAAAAUUUUCUAGGCUUAAAGCCACAGUAAAGCUUUGCAGAGUAAUCAAAAUCAAAAUAUUAUUCUUGUAUUAUCUAUGUAAGGGCAGUUUUACACAUAUGUAGCACACCUGCCUAUUUACAUAUUGUAUGAUUUGCAUGGCAAAGACUGUUAUGUCAUAAUAUGACUUUAUGUAUAUGCAUCAUUGGAUUAUAGCCGUAACAGAGAGACGUACACAUGGAGUGAAUGAAGCUUUAAGAAAACAUUCCCUCAUAAAUGACCAAAAAUGUAGCUUCCCAAAGUUAAACAUCCAAUCUUUUUUGUUUAGAGUUAUUUUAAUUUUUAUAAUCAAUAUUUAUAACCUUCUAAAGUAUAGGAAUGUUGUAUAUCUGUUACUACACACAAGAACUUUAUGUCCUGACCAGCUUUAAGCCUUGAUUUAGUUCACAUGAAUAUUCUGCCUGUUUUUCGGUAUUAGAUUAGUUUGUGUUAGCACUGAUACAGGAUCUGCUCUGUUAAGGCAAAUUCACUGGACUUCAGUAUCAUGUAUAUCAAUUAUAAUGUAACUAUAUAUACACAGUACUUCAUUAGUAAUACAGCAUUUUAUUUAUUGCAUGCAGUGCAGUUACACAAUUUAUUGCAGUUUAUGAAGAGUUUUAGCGUAUCUCAGGUAGUAGGUAUCACAUUCACUAUCACUUGUCAUAGUUACGUCUUGAAUGGGGUUGUUGUGGUAAUGUGGAGAUGGUGUAUCAUUUUAUUCUACCCUUGGUGAGUCUGCCUAUUUGUUUUGUCUGUUUAACCAUUGUGGUACAACCGAAGUCAUUCCAUUGUAGGUCUCAUCAUGCACAUUGAAGGGAGAAAAAAGGUUUUGUUAGAAACAGUUGGGUAAAAAUAAAUGGGAGACGAUACAAACAGCAUUCCCUCUUGAGUGUGAGCACUGCACAACAACAAUUUCAUCAGCAAUAUUAAGAAUAAGAGGAAUAUGUCUUUAUUUGUGCAUAAUGCAACUACACAAUAUGGCUAGUUUAAUACCAUUCAAAAACUGUACUGUACGUGUACAAGUACACAUUUUACUUACAAACUUCAAGCGCUCUUAAACAUUUGUAUUGUAUAUACUAACCUGCAUAUAGUUUUUUUAUGUGCAUGGAUGCUGUCAGUGUUUAAGGUCUUCAUUAGAAUUAAUUAUGUGAUGCUUUGGCAUAUCAUAUUAUUGAUAUUUGAUUUACUCUGUUAUGCUGAUAUCUCAGUUCCCAUGUUACAUUUAUGUUUAUUUCUCAUAUAGGACAAAUUUUCUUCCUGAAGACCCAUUGUGUUUUAGAAACUUAUUUUCUAAAGGAAAAAAAACUUUUAGAUUAAUUGCACUUAUAUAAGUGAGAUGUUUGAAUAUGUCAGCCUGAUGUCUUACAUGAUCAAUGCUUCAGACUGAAUGUACUUUAUAGAUACAUGCCUCAUUUUAUGAAUAUUGUUAUUAUUAUCAUCACUUUGUCUUUAUUAUUAGCUUAAUUCUUACUUUUGAAGAUCAAGUCAAUAGUUUAAACCAAAGUUCAUUUGUGGCAGCUUGCGAUACACAAUCAUAUCUUGCAAAUAUUUGUGAUUACUCUCACAGCCUUUAACCUGCAGCUAUGCAGUAUGUCUGUAUGUGAAUAUCACAAAAAAAUAAAGCAUGUGUUUAUUAAGUCUAUGAGAUCAGUUUUAUGUAAUGAUUAUUCU